UCAUAUGUCUCGCGUCGCGGAGAUUAGACAAGCCCUUAGUCGGUCUGUGCUGAGAGAGAGAGAGAGUGUGCGUGUACUCGGUCGUGUCCUCGCUUCGGUGCGCAUUUCGCUGCCCCGUUUCGAAAAGCUGGUCAGCGAUCGGCACUCGUGGCAGUGACCUCAGAGCCUCGUCCACCGACUGGCUAACCCUUUCCCGACGUCGCGUCACGGUGAUUCACAUACAUUUUCCAACGUCGCGGCGUCACUGACAUCGCCUGUGUCACCCGUCCGCGAUCUGUGCCAAGUCUUUCGUGUGUGACGAUUUUUUUUUUUUUUUUUUUUUUAGCAAUCUUUGUUUCAAACGCAGGUCGAUCUCCGUGCGCCAGUGUUACGUGACGUCCAGAGCCCUCCCGAGUCCGAGCGAGGCGUGCCCGUAUCAGGUGGCCCCGGGAGGUUCGGGGACCAGGACAUCUGCGGAGGCACCCGUCCAGCUCCUUGCCACAUGCACACAUUCCCUUCCCCUUGAACUGCACAUUUUCACAUCCAUAACUGUGGUCGCUGAUAAUCUUCACUAUUGAUUGUAUACAAAGUACGAUAGUUCCAAAUGCUGGACAGUUGACUGAAUAGACAUCGGGGAAAAAUAUAAGUUAUUGUGAAGCGACGAAGAAGAGUGACAACAGUUUAGCAGAAAUCCGUGGAGGAGGACUAUUCACGCCCUGCGGAAACAACCGACCUUCCCUCCACAGGAACGCGCCCUCUCGCACCUCCUGCUGCCCUCCCGCCGGAACGCGUGGCCUGAGGAGUCCGUCGCCAGCGAACCAUGUCUCCCUCGCGUCUCCUAACGCUCCUCCUGCUUCUCCUGCUGGUGUUCACGCUCCUUGCAGACGACUGGAGGCCGCCCGCCCGCCGCCGUCGCCGUAGGAAGCACAGGCCGGCGGGCGGCGAGGGGGCGGCGGGGGCUGUGGGCGCCAAGAGUAUUCGCAGGAUCAGGCACGCCUCGGGCAGGAGGGCGGAGUUCGUCAGGAGGAGGCUGAGGAAGGCCAAGAUGCAGCAGGACGUCGAGGGCAACAUCAGGCGUGACGGACGCGCGGACUACGAAGGCAACGUGCAGAUCUUCCACAACAACCGCUGGGGCAACAUCUGCGACGACGAGUGGGACAAGCGAGAGGGCGAAAUCGUGUGCAAAAUGCUGGGUUUUCCUGGACUCAAGAAAGUCACUCACAGCGGGAGGUACGGCCAUGUGCGAGGAAGCUACUGGAUGGACAACCUGUUCUGCUACGGCACGGAGGAGCGGCUGUCCGAGUGCCGGUUCGACGGCUGGGGAACCCACGACUGCGAGCUGGACGAGUCGGCGGGGGUCGUGUGUGAGACGCACUUCUCGACGACCACUGUGGCCCCUACUCUUCCCCCGAGAGACGAGCCCGUUAUCACCAACAAGACAAAAUUAUCGCAUGCCAUUGAGGGCAAGACGAAGCUGAGACUAAUCGGAGGGCGGUCGGACCAGGAGGGCCGUGUAGAGGUCAUGCUCCCUGGAAGCAAUGGCACUUGGGGACUCAUUUGUGGCGAUGGAUGGAGCCUUUUGGAGGGCAUGGUGGCCUGUCGGCAGCUGGGGAUGCACUAUGCCCAGGCAGCCUUAUCAACAGGUUAUUUCGGAGGAAAUAUGAGUAACGUGGUUAUAAGUGGCAUCAAGUGCCAUGGCAAUGAAGAAAAUCUUGACCAGUGCCUUCACGAAGACGUAGGAGAAGUAUUUUGCCCACAUCCAGGCUCAGACCCCAACAUCGCUGGAGUUACUUGUGUGUCCAAAAUAGCUGACCUGGUUCCCGAUCACAUGGAGCUGGCUCGUUCUGCACACUUGGAGGAUAAGCAGCUAUUUUUCCUACAGUGUGCAAUGGAGGAAAAUUGCCUUGCACAAUCUGCAGUCAAAGUACAGGAAACUGGCUAUGGUUGGCAUCUGGACACGAGACGUCUUCUUCGUUUCACAGCACGUAUAGUCAACCAGGGAACUGAGGCAUUCCGUCCCAUCCUUCCAAAGCAGUAUUGGGAAUGGCAUGCCUGUCACAUGCACUAUCAUAGUAUGGAAGUGUUCGCUCACUACGAUGUCAUAGACGCAGAUGGAAACAGGGUGGCCGAGGGGCACAAAGCUUCUUUCUGUCUGGAAGAUAACAACUGUGUUCCUGGGGUAGAACCAGUCUUCAAGUGUGCCAACUUUGGUGACCAGGGCAUUAGUCCUGGUUGCACAGACACCUAUGCGUACAACAUUGACUGCCAGUGGAUUGACAUCACUGACAUCAAGCCAGGCACUUAUACUUUUAAGUUAGCAGUAAACCCAGAGUUCAAGGUGGGAGAGAUGUCCUUCGAUAACAACGCGGCUGUGUGUGAACUCAUAUAUUCGGAGACUACUGCAUGGGUCGGCAAUUGUUCUCUCGCCCGGCCUUGAUGCUAUCUCAAACGCAGCACCUCAGACAGAGACCACUUUUUCCCAAUAAUUACAGCAUCCUCUGGUCUCUGAGAUUCACAAUGCAUGAGGCAAUAUCUGUUACUAAUGCUUUUGGUUCCCUGAGGCAUUUGUGAUGGAGGUCAUGGCUCUGUUGUUGAAUCUAUUUACAGUCUGUUUUCUUUUCCACAUUGGAGAAACCAAGUGAACUGCACAGCUAACCCACUGGAUUCUGUGCCUUUACUACAAUCAGUGUGUUUGUCUAGCAGAAAGAGAGUGCUUCUAAAUCUAAAAAGUUAUGGCUAUUUAUGUUACUUCUUCAGCUUGAUUCACUUUGGGUAUUCACAUUGAAUAUCAAUUGUUAUAUCUUCUCCAUCUGUCAUUUCCUAGUCUUUGUAAGGUGAACAACACAUAUCACUCUCAUUUAGACUAUUAUUAGACUAUCCUUACAUAUACAUGAAUAUUUAUUAUUAAGUAGCUGUGAAUGCUUUAUUGAUCUUAUUCAUAUCAUGUACUAUGUAUUUGAAAAGCAGCAGAAUCUCAGGAACUAAAAAAGAUCUAAAGAAAAUAUAUUGAUGUUUAUGUUAUUGAUGAUGUAGAUUCUCAAUUAUAUUUUCCACUCCACUGUGCAUUAUACAUUAUGUUCAGAUCUUACUUCAUCUAAUGCAUGACUACAACUUUGUAAAAUAUGUAAGUUUUGUGAUUUUUGUCAUAACUUUUUUCUCCUUGAUGAAAUCAUGUUAUAUCUUGUUUUAAAAAGUCAUGGAACAAUUAUCAAAGAUGAUUGUUCCAGUGAUGUCACAAGGAAGUAUUACAGUAUUUUUAGCUUUAUUAUAUUUCUAAUGCUGUUAACAACAAGAUUUUGAAAUGGUUUUCAGCUGGCAAUAAACCCCGAAUUCAAAGUAGGAGAGAUGUCAUUUGACAACAAUGCUGCCGUCUGCGAGUUCAUUAAUACUUUAACAAGUGUCUGGCUUGGAAAUUGCUAUCUGACUCGACCGUAACACAAAGGCUAGAGUGAUUGUUGAUGUUUUUGUUUGUUAAACUGUACAUUCAUCUAAUUAGUAUUGUUAUUUUUCUCUUAUUUUGUUAAUGAAUACAUUAACAUCAAAAUGUAAUUAUCAAAAUACCUUCAUGAGAGUAAAAUGUUAUAUAUUGUAUAUAUAUAUGCAGCUAACAUUUUAGAAUAGUUGAAAUAUAAUAUAUCUUGGUAUUUUGAAAGUGAAGUAAAUCAUUUUAAUUGUGAUGAUAACUUCAGAUUAAGAUUCAAAUACAUUAUUAAUCUUAGUUAACCAACUCAAGUUCUCAUGGUAACCAAUUUCUAUGAUAUGAUAGUAUUUGCCAGUAUCUGUAACUAGUCUUUGCCCAAACUUAUCAUUGGGUACUAAACUCACUGCCAAUUCACACACUAGUAUCUGUGUGUGCUUGUUAAGUAGAUUAGUGUAUUUUUGCUGAAUAUUUAAAUAAAUGCUAUUGCCUUAUAACACUCUUGGGAUAUUACUUACCAAUAGUAGGGUAAGAUAUUGUACUUAAUAAUUAUGUAAGUUAUAUUAACAUAUAACCAGAAUUGAAUCUAUUAACGCAAAAAAAAACAAUCUUUUUAAAAACAGUUUUGCUCAUAAGAAUGUAUAUUUGAUUUUGACAUUUAUUUUUGUUUCUAGGCAUUAUUAUGAGAUUUUUGCAUUUCCUCAACUGAAGCCGAUAUUUAUGGGGGAAAUGUACUUUACAUAAUAAAAGGGUGUUAAAAAGUAGACUUUAUUUUUUAUUAGCACCUUUAAAAAUGUAUGUUCAAUACAUUACAUUUUUGUCCUUAAAUAUUUUUCCCCUCAAAAUACCGUAUUUUUUGUUUUUUCCUCAAGAUUUUUUAUUGUGCAGUAUAGGUCUUGUAAUUAGUACUUCUCUUAUUUUUAUUAUGAUGAGUAUAUUUUGUAGUAUUAUAUACAUGAUGUUGCUUAUAAUUACUUAGGGAAUUCUGCCUAGUAUGUGUGAUAAAGCAAAAACUAUAUUGUUAAUAAAACUUAUAAUUGUU